GCAGCCCAACUUUUGAUGAAAUUUAAUGCUGAUGUAGAAAACAAACGUCAUGAAAGAACAGUCGCUUCAUGGAACUAUCAGAUGAACAACAUGGGAAAGAAUGCCAAAAAGAUGAAUAAAGCUGAUGCCAGGUGGUCAAAGUUUUAUCGUGCUGCCUCCCAAAAGGCCAGAAAAAUCAAUAUGAAUCACAUUUCUAAUGACACCAUCAGACUUCAAAUUCAUUUUCUGCAGAAUGAAGGACCCUCAUUAUUGUCUACAGAAAAACACAACCAACUCAAUGAUAUUCUAAGUAAAAUGAGUACCAUCUAUAAUACUGGGACUGUGUGCAGGUCAGACAAUCCUUCCAAAUGUUUGUCCCUGGAACCAGGUUUGGACGUCAUAAUGGCUGACAGCACUGAUUACGCAGAGAGACUCUGGGCUUGGCAAGGCUGGAGAGCAGAUGUUGGCAGGAAGAUGAGGCCUUUAUACGAAGGUUAUGUUGAACUAAACAAUGAAGUUGCAAGAGCGAGGGGUUAUUCCGACUAUGGCGAUUACUGGAGAGCAGAUUAUGAAGUAGAUUCUCCAGAGAAGUAUCGCUACAGUCGUGCGGAGCUGGUUGCGGAUGUGGACAGCACCUUUAAACAAAUACAACCUUUGUACGAGCAGCUGCAUGCUUAUGUACGGGAUCAUCUACGAAAGGCCUAUGGUUUACAGCGCAUUGAUCCAAACGGAGGUCUUCCUGCUCAUUUACUUGGUGACAUGUGGGGUAGAUUUUGGACAAAUUUAUACCCCUUAAUGAUUCCCUAUCCAAAUAAACCAAACAUCGAUGUAUCUCCUGCAAUGGUGCAAAAGAACUGGGAUGUUACAAUGAUAUUUAAAGCUGCUGAGAAGUUUUUUGUCUCUAUUGGACUCUAUAACAUGACUGAGGGCUUCUGGAAGAAUUCUAUGCUUGAGGAACCCAAUGAUGGCAGGAAAGUUGUUUGUCAUCCCACUGCUUGGGAUAUGGGGAAGAAAGACUACAGGAUCAAGAUGUGCACAAAAGUAAAUAUGAAUGACUUCCUGAGAGCAUACCAUGAGAUGGGCCACAUUGAAUAUUUUAUGGCCUAUUCUGACCUUCCUUUCUUGCUAAGAGGUGGUGCCAACGAAGGGUUCCAUGAAGCUGUAGGAGAGAUCAUGUCACUUUCUGCAGCUACUCCAAAACACCUGAAAAGCCUUGGGCUUUUGGAUCCUGACUUUCAAGAAGACAGUGAAACGGAUAUCAACUUCCUGUUCAAACAAGCUCUCACUAUUGUUGGAACGAUGCCUUUCACUUACAUGCUAGAGAAAUGGCGCUGGAUGGUGUUUUCGGGGGAGAUCCCAAAGGAACAAUGGAUGAAGAAAUGGUGGGAGAUGAAGAGAGAGAUAGUAGGUGUUGUGGAACCCUUGCCUCAUGACGAGACAUACUGUGAUCCUGCAGCUCUCUUCCAUGUAGCUAAUGACUUCUCUUUUAUAAGAUAUUACACAAGGACCAUUUAUCAAUUCCAGUUCCAUGAGGCACUUUGCAAAGCUGCUGGCCACACAGAUAUGCUUUACAAAUGCGACAUUUCUAAUUCCUUAGUGGCUGGUGCCAAGUUGCGGGACAUGCUUGCCUUAGGGAGGUCAAAACCUUGGACCCAAGCUUUAGAAACUAUGACAGGAGGAGAGAUGAGGAUGAACGCAACACCAUUGCUUCACUACUUUGAGCCCUUGCUUUCGUGGCUUGAAAAGAACAACAAGGACAACAACAGACCUAUUGGUUGGGAUCCAGCCUGGGCUCCACGUCAGGAGCCACUACAUGCUGGGCUAAAGAUGGGUGGAAACCAAAAUCAAAAAGAGACAGCUGCACUGGUUGCGUUCCCAACACGUUUCGACACAGGUCUUUAUCAAGGGAACUGGAGAAUACGGACUAUAAAAUACAUGAGCUCUGACGACUUCAGCAACCUGAUGUCUUUCAGCCAACUGUCUCCAACUGUCAACCACUUAAGGAUGUUGGCCCGUCUCUGCAUUAUUUGGAGCUUAAUUCUUCUGGCUGUGGCACAGAAUGAUACCCAACGGGCAGCCCAAAUUUUGAUGGACUUUAAUGCCAAUGUAGAAGACAUAUAUCAUGAAAGUUCAGUCGCUUCAUGGAACUAUAACACCAACAUCACGGAAGAGAAUGCGAAAAAGAUGAAUGAAGCAGGCUCCAGGUGGUCAAAGUUUUAUGAUGAUGCCUCCCAAAAUGCCAGCGAUAUCAUCAUGAAUAACAUUUCUAAUGAGACCAUCAGACUUCAAAUUCAUUUUCUGCAGAACAAAGGAUCCUCAGUAUUGUCUACAGAAAAACACAACAAACUCAAUGCUAUUUUAAAUCAAAUGAGUACCAUCUAUAGUACCGGGACUGUGUGCCAGUCAGACAAUCCUUUUAACUGUUUGCCCCUGGAACCAGGUUUGGAUGUCGUAAUGGCUGACAGCACUGAUUACGCAGAGAGACUCUGGGCUUGGCAAGGCUGGAGAGCAGAUGUUGGCAGGAAGAUGAGGCCUUUAUAUGAAGGUUAUGUUGAACUAAACAAUGAAGCUGCAAGAGCGAAUGGUUAUUCCGACUAUGGAGAUUACUGGAGAGCAAAUUAUGAAGUAGAUUCUCCAGAGAAGUAUCGCUACAGUCGUGCGGAGCUGGUUGCGGAUGUGGACAGCACCUUUAAACAAAUACAACCUUUGUACGAGCAGCUGCAUGCUUAUGUACGGGAUCAUCUACGAAAGACCUAUGGUUUACAGCACAUUGACCCAAACGGAGGUCUUCCUGCUCAUUUACUUGGUGACAUGUGGGGUAGAUUUUGGACAAAUUUAUACCCCUUAAUGAUUCCCUAUCCAAACAAACCAAACAUCGAUGUAUCUUCUGCAAUGGUGCAAAAGAACUGGGAUGUUACAAUGAUAUUUAAAGCUGCUGAGAAGUUUUUUGCCUCUGUUGGACUCUAUAACAUGACUGAGGGCUUCUGGAACAAUUCUAUGCUUGAGGAACCCAAUGAUGGCAGGAAAGUUGUUUGUCAUCCCACUGCUUGGGAUAUGGGGAAGAAAGACUACAGGAUCAAGAUGUGCACAAAAGUAAAUAUGGAUGACUUCCUGACAGCACAUCAUGAGAUGGGCCACAUUGAAUAUGAUAUGGCCUAUUCUGACCUUCCUUUCUUGCUAAGAGGUGGUGCCAACGAAGGGUUCCAUGAAGCUGUAGGAGAGAUCAUGUCACUUUCUGCAGCUACUCCAAAACACCUGAAAAGCCUUGGGCUUCUGGAUCCUGACUUUCAAGAAGACAGUGAAACGGAUAUCAACUUCUUACUCAAACAAGCUCUCACUAUUGUUGGAACAAUGCCUUUCACUUACAUGCUAGAGAAAUGGCGCUGGAUGGUGUUUUCGGGGGAGAUCCCAAAGGAACAAUGGAUGAAGAAAUGGUGGGAGAUGAAGAGAGAGAUAGUAGGUGUUGUGGAACCCUUGCCUCAUGACGAGACAUACUGUGAUCCUGCAGCUCUCUUCCAUGUAGCUAAUGAUUACUCCUUUAUAAGAUAUUACACAAGGACCAUUUAUCAGUUCCAGUUCCAAGAGGCACUUUGCAAAGCUGCUAACCACACAGAUAUGCUGUACAAAUGUGACAUUUCUAAUUCCUUAGUGGCUGGUGCCAAGUUGCGGGACAUGCUGGCCUUAGGGAGCUCACAACCUUGGACCCAAGCUUUAGAAACUGUGACAGGAGGAGAGAUGAGGAUGAACGCAACACCAUUGCUUCACUACUUUGAGCCCUUGCUUUCGUGGCUUGAAAAGAACAACAAGGACAACAACAGACCUAUUGGUUGGGAUCCGGCCUGGGCUCCAUAUCUUGAGGAAGCAAUCAAAGUGAGGAUCAGCCUGAAACAAGCACUGGGAGAUAACGCAUACAAAUGGGAUGCAGAUGAAACGUAUUUAUUCAAGUCCACCAUCGCCUAUGCCAUGAGAAAGUACUUUUGGGAGACUUAUAAUGAAACAGUAGCAUUUCAGGCAAAGGAUAUCCAUGUAAGUGAUGUGACACCAAGGAUCUCUUUCUAUUUUGUGGUCAGCAUGCCUAAUAAUAUCUCAGAUUUGGUUCCUAGAGCUGAAGUGGAAGAUGCAAUCAGAAUGUCACGGGGACGCAUCAACGAAGCUUUCAAACUGGAUGACCAAACUUUGGAAUUUGUUGGUAUCCUUCCAACUUUGGCACCACCUUAUGAAUCCCCAGUCACUGUGUGGCUUAUAGCCUUCGGCAUUGUCCUUGGUCUUAUAGUGGUUGGAUCCAUUGCAUUGAUCAUCAUGGGGGUGAGAGACCGAAAAAAGAAAAGAAGGGCAGCCGAAACCAACUUGGUCCGAACAACCACGCCCAACCCUUAUGAGGACCUUGGGAAAAAUAAUUCAACAUUUCUACAAGAUGAAGAUAGCUCAGCAUUCUAA